AUGGAACCGGGACGGAGCGGUCACAGAAGACGCAGAAGCAGUCUAAUGAACUGCGUUGAUCCUAGCAUGACCGCUUCAAAAACCAGAAAGAAACGAAAGGGCCCGAUGAGCUUCACUCGUGUUGCAAAUGAAGAUUCUGAUAACCCAGACGUUGAGCUCCUCGAAGAAGGAAGUACAAGUGAAGAUGUAGCACUAGAUUAUCUCAGUGACGACGGAUUACAUGACGAUGAGGAGACCGGUCUUACAGGAUGGGACAAGAAAAAAACGAAACAGAGAAAACGGAGAAACACAUUAUUAGACCAACGGAUUUUGAACGAACCUCGUGUGACUGAUGAGGAGAGAAAAGAAGCAGACCACCAUGUGCUCAGGAAGAGUAUCGUAAACGGGCUUCUAAUAGCCCUGUGGUACAUAUUCUCUCUCUCUAUUUCAAUUUAUAACAAAUGGAUGUUUGACUCCAAGCAUCUCAACUUUCACUUUCCACUCUUCACAACCUGCUUUCAUAUGCUAGUACAAUUUCUUCUCUCGUGUCUCGUCCUUUACCUCUGGCCACAACUUCGACCGAGAAAAGACAUAUCUUCAACACCCCAAGACAGCGAUCCUGUCGUCGAUGCCGACCUUUCACCAAGUCCAAAGCCGCUUAUGACCCAUAAAUUUUAUCUGACCCGAAUUGGACCCUGCGGCAUUGCUACUGGACUAGAUAUUGGACUCGGAAAUACAUCCUUAAAAUUUAUUACCCUCACAUUCUACACCAUGUGCAAGUCUUCCUCGCUUGCUUUUGUUCUCUUAUUCGCUUUCCUCUUCAACCUUGAAAAUCCCUCGAUACGACUUGUUCUCAUCAUAGCUACCAUGACCCUCGGUGUUUUAAUGAUGGUCGCUGGCGAGACAACUUUCUCUCCCAUUGGAUUCUUCCUUGUCAUCCUAGCAGCUUUCUUCUCCGGAUUCCGCUGGGGACUAACUCAAAUACUUUUACUUCGGAACCCUGCCACUUCCAAUCCAUUCUCAUCGAUAUUUUUCCUUGCUCCUGUAAUGUUUCUCAGUCUCAUUUUACUCGCUAUACCAGUGGAAGGAUUUACAAAUCUAUACGUCGGGUUUCAAAUUCUCUUGGACGAAAAAGGACUAUUGUUUGGCCCAUUGCUUCUUCUUUUCCCUGGUGUAAUUGCUUUUUGUAUGACGGCAUCCGAAUUUGCCCUGCUGCAACGCACCUCGGUUGUAACCCUUUCUAUAGCAGGAAUUUUUAAAGAAGUUGUGACUAUCACCGCUGCGGGCCUUAUCUUCCAUGAUAGACUUACUCCGAUCAACAUUUCUGGGCUUAUAAUCACCAUGGCCGCCAUAGCUGCCUACAACUACAUCAAGAUUAGAAAGAUGCGCGAAGAGGCCCAAGGUGAGGUUUCUAGGGCCAAAAAUGAUCCAAGUGAUUCUGAUGAGGCCACUGGAACUUCAGAGAUCGAAGACUGUGGGCCGGUAUGGAAAUCUCCCGGCCCUACCUAUCUACUACAACCCGAAAAUAACCAUACAUCAAUGGUUACGGGCACACAAAGUAGUCUUCAAGCCCCUCAUUUAGUCUUGGAAAGUACCGCUAGUGAGGCUAGCCCCUUGAAAAUAAGCAGCAGCAGUAGGAUCUAA